AUGGACAGCUCGCGUUCUGCUGCAGCUCGCGAUGGCAAGCGCAACCGCGAGCGGUCGUCGACGCCGUCCUCCUCCUCCUCAUCCGACUCGUCCUCGCACCCCGCACCCGCACCUCGCCCAAGCGUCAGCAUCAGCACCAGCGCCACCGCCGCCGGCACCUCCACCACGAGGGCAGCUCACGGCCCGCCCCGCGAGCCCGACUCGGACGAGGACGACCUCGCCGAGCCGAGCACCGAGGAGGACGAGGUCGCGCCACCGCGAGCGGGACCGAGCAGCGCGCCUCGCGGCGGCAGCGGCGACGACGACGAGGCCGAGCCGGACACGGAGCCUGACGAGCCCGAGGAGGUCGUGCGCCCGACUCGCAAGCGCCGCCGGGCGAGCGCGAGCGCGAGCGCGAGCGGGUCCCCCGAGCCAGCGGCGGCGGCGGCGGCGUCGACGACCGGCGCCGUCCUCGACCUGACGGACGACGGCGACGACGCGGGCCUGCCGCGCAUCGUGUACGGCGCGGGCGGGACGCGGCGCCGGCCGGGCGAGUCGCUGUUCGAGGGUCGCAGCGGCGACGGGACGCCGGCGGUCGAGCUCUCGGACGACGGCGACGACAGCGACGGCGAGGGCGAGCUGCUCGUGUCGGUGCCCGUCUCGUCGCGCCGGCGGAAGAAGCGGCGGGUCGGCGCCGAGCCGGGCUCGGGCGAGGACGACGACGUCAAGGUCAAGGACGAGGGCACGGCCAAGAUCAAGAGCCGGGCCAAGGGCAAGGGCAAAGCUCGUGCUCGUUCCUCGUCGACCUCCCUCCCUCCUCCACUCUUCAAGCCCGCGCCACCCGCCACCGUCCCCACCCCGUCCCCCUCGCCCUCGUCCUCGCUCCCCUCGCUCGCCAACCUCACCUGCCCAAUCUGCUUCGGCGCGCCCUCGCCUCUCGCCCUCACCGCCUGCGGCCACGCGUUUUGCGCGCCGUGCCUCCACGCCGCGCUCGUCGCCGGCCCGGCGCUCACGCCGCCGCCGCCCGGGCAGCGAGGCGCCGGCGGCAGAGGGAGGGGCCGCGGUCGAGGCGCAGCGGCCUCGAUGCCCGUCCCGGACGUCUUGGCGCGCCUCGCGGGGCAGGUCAGGGGCCGGAACGGCGGGCGCGCAAGAGCAGGAGCGGGAGGGAUGGACGAGGAGGAGGAAGCGGGCGACCCGGAGCUCGAGAAGCACUGCCCCGUGUGCAGGACGCCGCUGUACGGCGGGUGGGGCAAGAGCCUGCGCGGCGUCGUCCUGCGCAUGGCGCCCGUCAAGCGCUGA